AUCCCAGACCAUUGCCCCGUGUCACUUUACAGCUGGAUUCCUGCCAGAACUUGUGCCCUGGGGAAGGUUGAAAUUAAACCAGAUUGCUUCAGGUUUCCAAACAAUUUGUUUUACUCGCCCCUGCUAAACCAGGGGGCAGCCAUCCUUCGGUUCAGCUGCACGGGGCUAAGCAGACCCCUGUAAAAGACUGCGUUUCCACCACACCCAGUCUGGGUCCCACCCCAUCCCCUGGCCCCUCCUUGCAACACCAUAUGGGGGUACUGGAGUCAGACUUGGGAAACGCUGGGAUCUUUAUAGCCUCACCUCACCCCCAGUCUCUCGCCCUUGAUGUGCUUGAUGAGGAAACUCUGGACUUUGGAAUUUGGCAGAGCGGAAUUUCAAUGGCUCCCUCAGUCGCUCUGAGAGCCAGGGCAGGUGUUCUAAGUUACUGGGACCUCAACCACGGUAAAAGCGGUGUCCAAGGCAAUAAGCCCAUCUAGUUCCUGCUUGCCUGAAGUGCCUGCUUUUAUUCGUCAUUAAAGGGGGACACUUGGGGGCAGCAGGCACCUGACGGCUUUGCAGCGGCGGUGAAGAAUUGAGCCCGAAGUCACACAGCAGGGGUGCCCACUGGAAGCCAGAAUGUCUGAAAGUGAGUCAGCUCAGGCCCCGAGUCCCAGCGUGUGGGAACCUGACCAGCAGAACGCAGUGCAGCGUGUGGCGGCGCUGCCCCUGGUCAGGAGCACGUGCUCGGCCGUGUCGGGCGCCUACAGCGCCGCCAAGGACAAGUAUCCGCUGCUGGGCUCCGCCUGCCGCCUGGCCGAGCACUGCGCGUCGGACCUCACCACCCGCGCCCUGGACCACGCUCAGCCGCUGCUCAGCCACCUGCAGCCCCAGAUGGCCACCAUGAACCACCUGGCCUGCAGAGGCCUGGACAAGCUGGAGCAGAAGCUUCCGUUCCUGCAACAGCCUUCCCAGAUGGUAGUGACCUCGGCCAAGGACGCUGUGGCCAGCGGCGUGACGGGUGUGGUGGGCUUGGCCCAGAAGAGUCGCCGUUGGAGCGUGGAGCUGAAGCGCUCCGUGAGCCACGCCGUGGAUGUGGUGCUGGGCAAGUCGGAAGAGCUGGUGGACCACUUCCUGCCCAUGACGGAGGAGGAGCUCGUGGCGCUGGCGGCUGAGGCUGAGGGUCCUGAGGUGGGCUCGCUGGAAGAGCAGCGGAAGCAGCAAGGCUACUUUGUCCGCCUGGGCUCCCUGUCGGCGCGGCUCCGCCACCUGGCGUAUGAACACUCCCUGGGAAAACUGAGGCAAAGGAAACACCAAGCCCAGGAUACACUGGCCCAGCUGCAGGAGGCCCUGGAGCUGAUCGACCUCAUGCAGUGUGGCGCGAACCCCAGAGCCCCGGGCCGCUCCGGGAAGGUCCUGGAGCUAUGGGAAGAUUGGAGCCAGAGCCCCCCUGAAAACGGGUGCACCCGCUCUCAGGCGGAGCUGGAGACACUGUCGCUGUCGCGCAGCCUGAUGCGGGAGCUGCAAGGCUCGGUGGACGCGCUGGAGGGCAGCGUGCGGGGCCUGCCGGCCGGCGCGCAGGACAAGGUGGCCGAAGUGCGGCGGCGGGUCGACGCGCUGCAGGCCGCCUUCGCCGACGCGCGCUGCCUGCGGGACGUGCCGGCCGCCGCGCUGGCCGAGGGCAGGGGCAGCCUGGCCCGCGCGCACGCCUGCGUGGACGAGCUGCUGGAGCUGGUGCUGCAGGCCGUGCCCCUUCCCUGGCUGGUCGGGCCCUUCUCCCCGCUGCUCCUGGAGCGCCCCGAGACGCCCCGCGACCUGUCCGUCUGGGUGGACGAGGUGGUCGGAGCCCCCGACCCGCGCUGGGCGCACCUGGACUGGCCGGCCCAGCAGAGGGCCUGGGAGGCCCAGCACGGGGACGCGGGCAUGGUGCUCCCCGAGGAGCAGCCGGAAACCUCCCAGACGCCCAGGCACACGCUGGUGCCCGAGGAGGAGCCGGAACCCCCCCGGACGCCCAGGCACACGCUGAUGCCCGAGCUGGACUUCUGACCCCGCCGGGGCUCUGCUGCCCCCUCGUGGACGUGGCGGAGAACUGCAGACCAGUCUCCACCGUGCUGGUGGACUCAGGGACUUGGGGUGCGGGGCCCCCCCACUAACCCCCACUGCUGACUUUUGUCUCUCGCUACGGGGGUUCUUCCCCCAGCACCCUAGGAGCUGCUCAUGAAAGGCUCCCAGGGAACGUGCCUUUGAGCCUGGCGGUAGCGGGGAAGGGAAAGAACUCUGAGCCAGCUCCAGCCCGCUUGGCCGUGUGGACUGAAAAAAGAUUCCCCCAGUGGGGCUCGAGGAACCGGGCCUCGGCGAGGGUGCCGGGCCUGGCAUGCAGCCGACCUGGGUUCGAUCCCCGGCAUCUUCCUUAGGGCCCGGGAAUGAUUCCCGAGCAUGAGCACAGAGCCAGGAGUCAGGCCUAAGCACGGAAAAAAAAGAUAAGAAAAAUGCCUGCAGACAUUCUGCCACAACCAGCAAGGCCACAGGCCUCUCGCUUUGGCUGCUUUGGAGUUUCUGUCCCUGAAAUAAAGGUGCUUUGUGUUGUCUUAAG